CCUUUGACUAAUCUUGUUCUUCAAGAGUGUUUAGCCGACAGAAGUGAUAAAGACAGGGUAUAAAAGAUCACACAAACUCAGCCAUUGCUCAGUAACAAGCAAGCGAAGUACUAUGAUUACCGUCUACGAUCUAGGACCUUCCAAAUUUCCAGAACAUGUUGGUGGUUCAGUCCACACGCGAAAAGUCAUUUUUUCGCUCAAUUACAAAAAGCUCCCGUUCAAAGUCUCCACUAUCACUUGGGGCGAAAUUGAACGGACCGCAAAAUCCAUCGGCGCACCUCCAACCACGACCCAUCCAGACGGUUCACCCAAAUACACCGCUCCAUUCAUUUACGACUCUUCCACUGGGAAAUCUAUCUCUGAUUCACUUUUGAUCGUAGAAUACCUAGACAAAGCGUACCCAACCACCCCGAAACUCGUUCCUGACGGCACUCGGGUUCUACAAGCUGUCUUCGCCGACGCUGUUACCGCAAAGUUCUACUCCUUAACAAGUGUUUUCCGCCCCAAAUUUCCGGAAUGGUUCUCUCCUGAGUUCUUGGCUGAGAUAGAGAAGCUCGUGGGGCCACCCAAGCUGCUCUCCCAGGAGGAGACUAGGGAGGUGUGGUCGAAUGGGAAGAAGAGCUUUGAUGAGCUCUUGGGCGCUUAUGAAAGCGCUGGAGCGGGCAAGUUCGUGAUGGGCGGUGAUACACCUGUGUUUGCAGAUCUAGCUUUGGCGGCAUUGUUUUCGGGUGUGAAGAUUAUGUUUGGGGAUGAAAGUGAGGAGUGGAAGGACGUGAGUGGGUGGAUUGGGGGUAGGGUAGGGAAGGUGGUAGAGGGGAUCUUGAAGCAUGAGAGAGUAUACUCGGAUGAGUAGUACAAUCGCGCCAGCACUCGAUACUAGCUUUUAGUACGACCACGCGAAUAAGUAGCAUCUAUAUCUAUAUUUCAAUUUAUGGAUGGUCCUUGACACCGUUUGGUUUCUUGGCCUUUUCUCUGGAAGUAGAGAGAUUAGUACAGUCCCCAUGUCAAUUCUUUAGACGCACAUUCUGAUAAAUUUAC